AAAAGCAGAGAACUUUACUCUUUAAUUUUGAGUUAAAUCUUCUAGUUUGCUCCGUCUCUCUCAAUCCACACCACCACGUAUUGGUUAUAAUCCUCAAUCAAAUUUCUCUCUCUCUGUCCACUGGGUUUUCACGGAUCAAAAGAUUCUCAAAUUAUCUUUCUCUUUCUAAUGUUUUUGGCAUUUGUUUCUUAACUUUUUCUCCACCAUAUAUAUAUAUAUAUAGCAAUAUAUAAUUAUGUAUAUUAUCUUCCAAAAAUCUUCCAUUCCACUCCAAAAAGCCUCGUCCUUUUCUUCACUAUAGAUCAUACAUUCUAUUCUAUUUGUAACUUUCUUUAUUUCUUUCUUCUACAAAACAAACCCAUCUUUCCCUCCUUUCUCUCUAUCUAUAAUUGAGCUUCAUAUAUGACUCUCUCUCCUCCCUCCAAACUCCUUAUCUCUUCAUCUCAACAUGGUCUCUAAUGGGUCUUCUUUAACUUUUCCUACAAUCAUCAAAAGCCUCAGCUUUAUGCCUUGAUUCCCAUAUUCUUCAUUAAUAUAUUUUCUCUCUUUAUUUUCCCGGGAAAGUUUUUCAAGGAGAAAUAUGCCACCUGAUAACUUUCCUCUGAGAUGGGAGAGCACCAGAGACCAGUGGUGGUACGCUUCACCAAUUGAUUGGGCUGCAGCCAAUGGUUUAUAUGAUCUGGUUAGAGAGCUUCUCCAUUUAGACACAAACCUUCUCAUUAAGCUCACCUCUCUUCGCCGUAUUAGGCGUCUUGAAACGGUUUGGGAUGAUGAAUCUCAGUUCGAUGAUGUAGCCAAAUGUCGGUGUCAAGUGGCCAAGAAACUCCUCUUGGCAUGUGAAGUAAAGGGUGGUCAUCAUAACACUCUCAUAAGGGCUGGCUAUGGUGGAUGGCUACUCUACACAGCAGCCUCAGCUGGUGAUGUGGGGUUCGUUAAAGUGUUGUUAGAGAGAGACCCUCUUCUUGUUUAUGGAGAAGGAGAGUAUGGUGUUACUGAUUUGCUUUAUGCUGCAGCUAGGAGUAAGAAUUCUAACGUUUUCAAGUUGCUUCUGGAUUUUGCUAUGUCUCCAAGGUGUUCCCUAAAAAGUGGAGGAGAGUUGGAAGAGCAAUUGGGCUGUGUAAGUGCUGAGUUUAAGUGGGAAAUGAAGAACAGGGCUGUUCAUGCUUUGGCUAGAGGAGGAAAUUUGGAGAUGUUGAGAGAGAUUCUUGGUGAUGGUUCUGAUGUUUUGACUUUCAGGGAUGCUCAGGGUUAUACCAUCUUGCAUUCUGCUUCUGGCAGAGGACAGAUUGAGGUUGUAAAGGAUCUUGUAGAAUCCUUUGAUAUGAUCACCACUAGAGAUGAGCAAGGGAACACAGCUUUACAUGUGGCUGCUUACAGGGGAUACUUAGCCGUGGUUGAGGUCUUAAUUCUUGCAUCUCCUUCCUUAACCACUUUGCCAAACCACUAUGGAGAUACUUUGUUGCAUAUGGCAGUGUCUGGUUUUCGAGCACCUGGAUUUCGAAGAAUUGACAGGCAAUUUGAGCUGAUGCAAAAGCUGUUGUGUGGUGACAUUGUGAAUGUAGAAGACAUUAUCAAUGUGAGGAACAACGAUGGAAGAACAGCUCUUCACAUGGCUGUAAAUGAGAACAUUCAGAGUAAUUUGGUAGAGCUUCUAAUGACUGUUCCAUCGAUUAAUCUAAACACCCGAGAUGGUGAUGGAAUGACUCCUUUAGAUCUUCUCAAGCAAAGGCCACAGUCAGUAUCUUCUGCAAUUUUGAUCAAACAGUUAAUAUCAGCUGGAGGAAUGUCCAAUUGUCAAGACCAUAAAGCAAGAAAUGCCCUUGUUUCACAUUUGAAAAUGCAUGGUAUUGGUACUAGUCCAGGAACUUCUUUCAGAAUCCCUGAUGCUGAGAUAUUCUUAUACACCGGGAUUGAGAAUGCUUAUUCUGAUUCUUGUUGGGAUCAAACAAAUGGGCAAUUCAACACACAUUCAGGUGAACUUAUCAGUAGGCAGUUUGACUUGGCUAACUCAUUGAACAACAACAAAAACAAUAAGAAGAAGUCUGCUCCUUCUCUAAGCUCUGCUGCAGCGCGUCUGAAGUUUCUUCUCAGAUGGCGUAAAAGGAAGGACAAAAGCUGCUCUGAUGGAAUAGAAUUCAAUGAAGAUGUAGAGUCUCUUGAUUCUUUAAACAGAUGUAGAGGUUUCGAAGACAAUCCUAUACCUCUAAGGCAAAUGUACUCGAAAUCUUCCUCUCUUCCUAACAACAAUACCACCCACAGAAGAACACUUUCAGUUGAGAGCUUCCCUAGCCCAUCUACUAAGAUGAAAUAUGCUGCUGGCCUAAUGCAUGGUGUGAUCAAGACAAUGCCAUAUGUUACUGGCUCGACUCACUCGCCUUCAAGUAGUACUCACUCAGGCUCGCCAUUGUAUUCGCCUACUUUCAUGGAUAAACGAAAGUGCCUGAAGAACAUGAACUUGAAGCAAAGCUCUUUCAAUAAGAAGAUGAUGAAUGAGUACUUGAGUUUUGGAGCACAAGGGGUGGAACCUGUGGAAGAUACAAUGAGCUGCACAGGACCACCACAUGAGAAUUAUAGACAUUUUAAUCCUCUAGUUGCUUGAUUCAAUGGAGUUGGUUGGUGCUCUUUUUUCAUCUUAUUAUAUGGUUCAUCUUUUAGACAUCAUUAAUUGUUUGGUAAGUUUUGUUUGUAGGUUAUUUAUACCAAUUACCAGGUCUAGUAAUGGACCUGCAAAUAAAAUGUUCUUUGGAAGUAAUAUGAUGGAAAGUUUUCCUGUAAAUAAUAAUAUGGAUUGAUGAUCAUAUGUUUUUUGAUAUAGUAAUCAUACUCUAUAAA